AGCACAACAAGUGCGCGCAAUCAGUUCCGGUCCAGCCAGUAUCUUCUGGGUUCUUAGAGAGUCAAUCCCAAUAUUCCCAAGCCAAUUCUCCAUCUCUGUAGUGUGUAGUGCUGUUGUGUGAAAGUGAAAGUUUUGUGCGUGCGUGUGAGUGUUAAUAGCCAAUGCUGAGAUAAAGGCAAUAAGCUGGUAGGACAUCUGCUGGCCACAUCAUAUGCUUUUCGGCUGCGAUUGCGCGUGAAUAAAAUUAAUUCGUUUCGAGAGCUGCGCGCGUCUUAUCGUUGCUGUCGAUUUAAAAUGUAACUAAGUCGAUUACAUUAUUUUUGUGCUCUAAUUCGUGGCGAGUAUUAUAUGAGAAAUUGGUGCCAAGACAGUUGUCAUAGCGACACGAGCCACCGAUUUUUCCUAGUGCAUCAACUUGUUAGGAUAAUCGCCAAACUGAUUGCAAAGGAAUUCAAUUGAGAAUUGCAUUUUAUAUUGAGACCCUUUCCACAAUUGCAAUAUGCAUAGCUAUUGGAUAAUCGUUUUAUUCUUAGGAUUACUAGGAACUAAGCCAACAAAUGGACAAUCGGAUCUGGAAGUACAAUUGGUAGUGCCCCGAUAUGUGGAACGGGGAUCAAGCGCCACAUUUAAGUGCAGACACAACGUGCAACCGGAAAUACUCUUUAAGGUCACAUGGCUGAAGGUUGACAAGGGGAAAUUUUUUGAGUUUAUAAAUGGACGCAAUCCGCCAUUUCGUAAUUCCACCAUUGAGGGGGCUGAGAUUGAUUGGGAGAACUCCAACGAGCAGCAGGUGACACUGAAGGAUGUACAAUUCGAUUUGUCCGGCCAAUUCUAUUGUGAAGUCUCAACGGAUACGCCCAUUUUUACCAAGGCCAGCGCCGAUGAGCUAAUGAGCGUUUUCUUGCCACAAACGGGUCCGCCCACCAUUAAAUUCCGUAAACGUACCCCAUUCGCGGUCGGCGAAAAAUUGUUUGCUUUGUGCAACACAACGCGAGGACGACCCGCGCCGCAUAUCACGUGGCUAAUCAAUGGGAAAAAGGUGGAGGAGAAAUACGUGCGCACCCAUCAUGUGUAUUCGUUCAAUGGCAAGCAUCAGCGUCGUACACAGCAGCAACAGCAGACAAAUCAGCUGAGUCAGCUGCAGCCGCAGUACUAUCAACAGCCGUACUACAAUCAGUAUCAGCCGCAAUAUCACGUCCCCCACUUUAUGGACCGCUAUGACAAAAGCCUACGUUGGCCAGCCGGAGCACGUGGUGAUGAUUUGUCGCACUUUACGCCGCAUCACCACGACGGACAUGGCAGCCAUCAUGGUGGCAGUAUUUACAAUAAUCCAUUCAGCUCGCUCACCAACUACCACGAUGUGGGUGAAAUACAUGAGAUACAUCAGCGCAACUACGACCUUAACAAGAAGAAAAUGGAAAUAAAAAAGCAACAGCAAAUGGAAAUGAAGAAGCACAGGAACACAAAUCGCAAAUAUCGUCGUCAUAUAAACGAGAAUGCCCUGGGCAUUAUACGCAGCACACUGAAUAGUGGCGGGUUUGGACCACAGGCUCCCAACUUGAACAAGGAAUUGGGCAUACCAUCAAAUGCUGGGCCCAUGAAUCAGUUGGCCGCUGGCUAUCAGCGUCCGCUAUCACAUCCGGGCGGUGGCAGUGGCGUGGCAGCAGCUGCAGCAGCCGUUACGGCUGCCCAACAGGAGAAGGGCAUGUUUAGUAUUAGUCAGCUAAAUGUGGAGCUAACGGAGCAGCAUGUGGGCAGCAAUGGGCGCAUGGAGAUCACCUGCCUCUCAACGAUACCUGCCACCGUGGGACAGGGAGAGCAGUACGCUGACUACAAAACUUAUUCGGUGAAAGUUGAGGUUGAGCGACAGAUGACGUCCUCCACGUCGACGGCGCCGCCCAGCAUUGGUAUGGCAGCUCUGGGCAAUGGCAAUGGCCAUGGAAACGAGACAUCGGCUGGCUGGAGUGCACGUGGUGCCGUAUUCACUUAUCUAUGGUCCCUGGCGCAGUUGCUGGUGCUGGUUCUAUUGCCGCUAUGCUACUAAAAGGUGAACAAUGAUGUGCAUCAACUAACCGGAGGAAAGCAAACCACCGACAUACAAGAAGGUAUAGUUAAACAAAAACAAAAAGGGCGCCCACAUCUCAUCAAUAAAAGCAGCAUCAGGAGCAGCAACAUCAGAAGCAGCAACAACAACAAACAGGUUGCUUUGUUUGCUUCAUAGAUUGUUACCCAAUUUUUAAUUUAACCCGACGACAUGAGCUGAUUCCAGCAGUGGAAUUAGCUCAGCUCAAAAACGCACCAGGAGCAUCAACAGCAACAAAGGAUAAAAUAAAUAGCAAAAAAGGAAAAAAAAAAAGAUAAAAAAUAAACCCCACACAUUUUGUUCCCAUGCCCUUCGGGCUGGCUAUUUGAAUUGACUUGCAGCAUCCCAUACGAUGGCCAAGACUAAGCCACCGCUGAUGUUUCUGCCAGGCCAAAGAGGAAUGUUUGUAAUUAAGUUGCAGUCAAAUGCGAAACAGAGACAAGGAGAGAACAUGAAAAGAAACGUUUCCAUUCAGUGCAACCGACAUUUUUUGUAGCGUAAAUGAAUUUUUGUAUAGCUAAUUGAACAUAAGUUUUUGAAAGAAGCGCCCACUGACUGAGCAACUGAGGGAAGCCAACUAACUAAGGAAUUGCCCAGCAAACCAACUAAGGACAACAAAAAAAAAACAAAGUUCUUUUUUCAAGGUUAGUCAAGAAUGCAACCGGGCUUAUGCCUCUUGUAUGUGUAGUUUUUUUCUUUCUUGGUUUUUGGCCUUGUCAACAAAGUUUUGUGCAAAUGCUGCCAGCAGCAAAAAUUAGGCAAAGUUUUUGUUUUCCUUUUUGGAAGGGGUUUUUAUUUUACACGAUGCUUUGGCCAAUUGUACCUAAAAUGCAAGAGAAAAUAUUGCAAAAUACCAAAAGAAAA